AUUUCUGGACACGUGUUCCUAUAAAGGGCUUUUCCUGCACAAGCACCAAGGCUAUUACAAACAACCAUCCUGCAUCUCCUGGACAAAAUAUGAAAUUCCUUGGCAUAGAUGUUUCUUUCUCCAUUCUCUUCACCCUCACUGCUCUUUGGAAUGCAGGAGCUCAAGACUCUUGCUCACAGCGAUGCGGGGAGCUGCUUGAUACCUGUUCUUGCCAGGUGACGUGCCAGUCCUUGGGAAUUUGCUGUCCUGAUUAUAAAGAAUUCUGUCUUCAAAUUUCUCCAUACUCAGGAUCUCUGAUGGGAGGCAAAGACUUUUUGAUUGAAAAUACAGCUUUUAGUGCCUCUUCUAAUCUAACUUGCAGGUUCAAGCAGACAAUUGAAACUCAUGGAUACAUUGAUGGGGAUGGCAAAGGCCACUGCAUCUCCCCCUUGCUGUAUGAGACUGGUUUCAUCCCUUUUGAAGUUUCUGCAGAUGGUGGGCUGACGUUUCCAUACUCUGGAACUUGGUUAUCAGUUCAUCACAGCAAAGUUUUGGAUGGAGAGAAAUGCACCUUGGUAAACACAACAAAAUGGCAAUACUACGGUACCCCCAACACUGGUGGAAACUUAACCGUCACCUGGAUGCAGGAGGCGCUUGCAGCAUCCCACGUCAAUAUCGAAGUUUGGGGAUACCAGGAAACAGGUGAAAGCUACUCGGAAAACUGGUUGGCCGAAUGGAAAUACCUUUAUACUUUGGCAAGAGAAAUCCCAAAUACUGGGGAAUUUUCUUUCAUUCCUGUACCUGCUGAAGGAAUUUACAGUACAUGGGACUUUGGAAUGUUGAGGAUUAAAUCCAGCAGCUAUUCAGAUGGGCAGAGCAACAUUCCAUCAGUCUGGAGCUCAGAGCAUGCAUUGGCUUGGCACCUGGGGGAGGACUUCAGAAAAGACCCAAAUGCAUGGGCAACAGCGAAAUGUAUGGAAUGGGACAGAAAGGAGGACAUGCUUCCAAACUUCUUGGAAGAGGUUAUAGAUUGCCCUUGCACCUUGGCACAGGCGAGAGCCGACACUGGCAGGUUCCAUACAGAUUAUGGCUGUGACAUUGAAAAGGGGAGUGUGUGUACUUAUCACCCUGGUGCCGUGCAUUGCGUAAGAGGCAUUCAAGCCAGCCCCCAGUACGCGGCAGGACAGCAGUGCUGCUACGACUCCACCGGGACCCAGAUCCUCACGCGUGACUCCACCGGAGGCAGCACACCUGAUCGAGGCCAUGACUGGGGUUCACCACCUUUCCUGAAGCCUCCUCGGAUACCUGGCUUUUCCCAUUGGCUUUAUGACGUGAUCAGCUUUUAUUACUGCUGCCUGUGGUCUGAUAAUUGCCACUUCUAUAUGAAAAGGCGAGCCUCCAGCGACUGCAGGACAUAUCGCCCGCCUCGAGCUGCAUCUGCUUUUGGGGAUCCUCACUUCCUUACUUUUGAUGGUCUGAACUUCACCUUCAAAGGCCUGGGAGAAUACACACUGGUAGAGUCUGAUCUCACAUUCCUCAGAGUGCAAGGGAGGACUCAGCAGGCACACUUUUCCAACGGAACGGAGGCUCAGGUGACAGGCCUGUCUGCUGUGGCCAUGCAGGAAGGCAGUUCUGACGUGAUCGAAGUACGCUACUCGGAGGAUUUGAAUCUGGAGGUCCUGUUGAACCAGAGCGUCCUCAGCUUCUCUGAGCAAAGCUGGAUGGACCUGAAAGGUCUCUUUCUCCAUUCUGCAGUCACGGAUCAGAACGUCACGGUGAUGUUCUCUUCUGGGGCUGGAGUGGAAAUAAGGGGAAGUGAAGGAAUUCUGGCUGUGACAGUUCUGCUCCCAGAGAAAUUUAUGAAUCACACGCAGGGUCUCUUUGGGGUAAUGAAUGGCAACAUAGAGGAUGAGUAUACCUUCAAGAAUAAAACCACCCUACCAGUUCAUGCAAGUCCCCAGCAGCUGUUUGAGUUUGGAGCUAAUUGGGCUGUUGAAAAUGGAACUUCUCUCUUCACUUACGACACGGAGUUCUUGCUGAACAGUUUCGUUCAUGGGAAAAAGCACAACGCUUCCUUUCUGCCCGUGUUCUCUCCUUCUGAAGACCCUGCUGAUCCCCUUAUGAAAGUGGUGGCCUUGCUCUGUGACUCUGACCCAUUCUGCAGAUUCGAUGUCCUGACAACAAGAAGCAUUGAAGUGGGAAGCGUCACAAGACUAUCUCAUCAGAAUCACAAGCGGCUGGUAGAAAGCCUAGAACCAGUAAUCUCUUGUGGCUGGCUGGAUCAUCCAACUAAUGGAAAAAAGAAUGGAACUAACUACCUGCUGGGCUCAACCAUCACUUUCACCUGUGAUCAGGGCUAUGAACUCAUUGGGCCAAAGGAAAGAAUUUGCCAAGUGUCAGGGACCUGGUCUGGAGAGCCACCCAGCUGCGUCGUGGAAACAGAUAUCAAACAAGUGAUUAUUCUCGGCUCCGUGUUUGGAAUAGUCGGUCUUGCAGUCCUGGCGCGUCUGGCUUUCUUAUGUAGAAAAGAGAGACGCGAAAGCAAACAGAAACUUCUUUCAGAGAUUCCAGUUGUAUCUGAACAAUGAAAUUCCAGAGGAGUUUUUAAUGAAAUACAGAAAAAGCAGAGCAGCGGAUUAGAUUGUCCACAGCCACACAGACAGACUUUCCAAACACAAACAAUGGGUUUAUAUAGAAUGCUAUCAUUUGAUUUCUGCUUCCGAUAUAAUGAGUACGGGAAAUGCUAACCAACUUCCUGGGAUUACAUCAUGGUGGGCUCAGCCCGCUGCCUACACAAGCGACGGAGAAUUCUGCUGAAAGCAUCACUCUCAAAGUUACGGGCAUUGGUGUCCUCUAAGAGUCCCAUCUCUGCCAGCAGAGCCAGAGCUCCGACAAAAUCAAGAGAGUUCACAAUUUCUCUGCACUUUUCUUCUUUUCCCUGCAAGGUGGUGAAAUGAAAAGCAUCGUGGCCUCUGCCAGCCAAGAUCAGAGAAACUGCUCCCUUUGCUGGGGCUAUGCGAGGCUGAUUUAUAGAUAUGAAAGUGGGACUUCUGGCAAAUCAGGUUGAAUUUGCAGAUGGUGGGGUGUUUUUAUUAGCAGGGAGGGAGAGCUAUUGAAGAUGUUCAAACCUUGUAUUCUUACACUUUGAUAAGUUUCUGAGCACAGUCUCAAAAUGGCAUUUUUGUUUCAGUUCUGACCUAAUUUUAAAGGCACACAGUUGCGGGAGGAAGCACUCAGGAGCCUUUCCUUCCAGCUUAACUUAUAAUGAGUUCUUAAAAUCCAUCUUCAUUCGACUCUCCAAUUAGAGUCCACCUGCACAACAAAAAAUCUGUACCUGCACUGAAAUAUUUUGCUAAACUGGCAGUUUUCCUGGAAUGCCAGCCCCACGCAUACUGCUUCUUUUUUAAUAUCCAGCUGUAUGACAGCGCGUUUCCUUAUCUUCAUUAAAAAGUGAUUGCUGAACUACUGACCUUGUGCAGAAUCCGUUUAGCAAGAAAAAUCACCAUUGGCUUUUCUCUUCAUCCCAAAUAGUUCGUGAAAUCAGUUCUGCAUUGCACAGCUCUUUUCAGUGGUGAAAGAACCCCUCGCUUCUGCAGGUUGUUUAAUCUGGAUUUCUGAGGUCAUUUAUUCAUGAACGACAGGUGGUUUCAAAAAGUAAGAACAAAACUGUGUACCAAAUGUACAGGAAAACUUAGUGAAACAGGACAGAUUGCACGUUCUAAAGGGAACAAGACAAACGGGAAGAGCCACCUCAGACCAUGGAUCGGGAAGUCUGAAAUGAUUCAUUAUUUAUUAGCUGCCGUUGCUGGUGCCAUUGCUGUUGUUUGUAAACAGAGACCACAAACCCCAAGCAGAAAAUUGCAAAACGAGAAGAAAAUGCUGAACACAGUAAGCUGAAAUACAACCAAUGCGGGACAAGAGAAAGAAAAUAUCCUGUAAAAAGAAGAACUUUGACACAAGCCUGGGACACAAGGAUGGGCCCAGGCUGGCUGCCCAUCACCACUGGGCUAGGAGUUAAUUACAGAAAAGGUGUAACUGCUGCAUGCGCCCAUAUCGGGGGGGGGGGGUGUGUGCAGCUGAUCCAUGGAGAAAGCAGCCAGCAGAACGAACCAUGGGAUUUUGCUUGGGAGUGCUGGAAGACCGAGCGGCCUUUUGGAGGUAGAUAAGGUUGAUUUUGUGAACUUCGUUAUCAAUAGAGUGUUAACAAUUUGUAAGCCUUCUUUGUUCCAGUGUCCUUAAGGAACAGAAUGCUAGAUAAAAUGGAAUUGAAUUUGGGUGAACGCGUAGCACAGUGGCAUCCUGGUCCUUGGAGAGGAGAACU